AUAAACCAGUUAGACCCAACGAAAUCCACGGUGUUCUACUACUGCUCCGAUUUUUCCCUCCCUGUAAAUUACACACUUCUAUGUAUAAAUAUCCCUCUUUGAACUCCAAAUUCCUUCCCCAUAAACCUCCAAUUACAAUAUUUUUUAUUUGUAGUCUACUAGAUUUAUAGCCAUUCGCUCAAUUAUCUUCUUCAGUAACAUCAAGGGAUUCCUCCAAAUUUCAAUUUUUAGGGUUUUGUCGAUAUUUUUUUCGUGGAUUUGUGGUGAAGAUUUUAAUUAUCGUUCACUCAGGCAAUAAAUUUCGAGCCUUAUCGUUCUUAACACACUGUGCUAGGUUCCGGACUUUAUCGUGAAGUACAGGAGACAUGGAGCAGCAAAUUCAUAAUCUAGAAAUGGACGCCUAUUGUGCUGUUCUUCGCGCCUUCAAAGCUCAAUCUGAAGUACUUACUUGGGACAAAGAAGGUUUGAUGACAGAACUUAGAAAAGAGUUGAGAGUUUCUGAUGAUGAACACAGAGAGGUUCUCUCGAAGGUCAACAACGAUGACAUCAUUGGCAGAAUAAGGGAAUGGAGAAAGGGUGGAGGCCACCAGGCUAUGAGUACAUCACAUCCUAUCAAUGAUGUGCCUAGUCCAACUCAUGCUUCCCGCAAGAAGCAGCGAACAUCACAAUCUCUUUCUACUCGUGCAGCACCGCAGUCAGGUGGAACUCUUGGUCCACGAGGAAGGAAAUUUAGACAGUUCCCAUACAAUAACCAUGAUGCACAUGGAACUAUUAAGCCGGGAAGUGGUGAAGAGUUGGUGGGAAAGAAAGUAUUGACUAGAUGGCCUGAUGACAACCAUUUCUACGAGGCUGUAAUUUCUCGAUACAAUGCAUCUGAUGGACGACAUGAGUUAGUUUAUGGUAUUCAUACCCCACAAGAGUCUUUUGAGUGGGUUAACCUCAUGGAGAUACCUCCUGAGGAUAUCCGAUGGGUGAAUGAGGAUUCUAUAUCUUCUCGUAGAGUUGGUCCUGGAGAAAAAAGAUCCAUAAACCAUGUUAGUUCAACUCCAACUGUAGGAAGAAAGCAGUAUAGAAGUGAGAUUCAGAAUGGGGCUAGAAAUUCGACUGAUGAUAUUGAAAUUUUACAUACUGCUACGUUGAUUAAAGAGGUUGAAAAGGUAGUUGCUGCAGUGAAUCCUGAUUGUCUUGAACUUGAGAGGGCAAAAAAGAUGCUAGAGGAACACGAGCUAGCACUUGUUGAUGCAAUUUCAAGGCUUACUUAUAUAUCAGAUGGUGAUAGUGAUGGAGAUCAACAGUACUAGUGUAACAAAUCAACAUCUGAUUGCAUCUGGACCUAGGCAAAUUGCAAAGGCGUGUACAUCAUCUAUAUGCAUCUGGACCUACACAAAUAGCAAAGGCGUCAGGCGUGUACAUCAUCGAUUGUUAAGGCAGAGUGCAAGAGACGAGCACAGAGUCACAAUUUGAUGUAUUGUUCCUCCAUUGACGAGUGCAUAACCGAUUCACUGGGUAAUUCUCUCUUCAACUGACACAGUAGGGAUCACUAGGUUUUUUGUGAAAAUUAGUAAUCUUUUGUUGAAUAUAUAAAGCAUAAUUGAUAGAUAGGAUGUAAGAUAGUUUUCGUAGAAAUAAUUACGCAUUUGCCCUCUCAACGAAAUAUUAACUUUAUAUUGUCGGGAUUAAGGCUUUGGUUUGUUAGUUUCACUUGUAAACCAUCCCAAAUGCCCCACUUUGCCUUUAAUGAAUCUUUAAACCAAAAGAAGUUUUUUUUUCCAAUUGUUGUGUUGGUCUUUGUUGCAAAUAAGAAAUCGGACAUUUGUGUAAAUGCAUUUGACCUUUUCUUUCGUGUGUAUGGAAAUGCAUUAAUUGAUGUUAUAUACAAUACAAACGAUGCUUUUCUGGCCUUUGUUCCAGGAUUGUAUACAAGCCAACAAGCCAAUUCUAAUACUUGCACAUACCCAAAUUCCCACCUUAGUGUAAGAAACAGUGUCCGGAUUACUUCCUCUCUGGCUUUCUUUGACUGUAAUCUGCUUUUCCGACAUUACCAUGGUCUCUUUUACCCAUGGCUGCAGUCGCUGCUGCUCAUUUAAGUGGACUUUUGCUGCUCCUAUUCCUUCGUCUUUCUAUCUACGCCUUCCCCUUAGCCUUCUUUGUUCCAAAUUUGUGACGUGAUCUAUCAUGUGUAGCUUCAUCCUUCCUCUUGUCGAUCUUAGUAUUACCAUCAUUGUUUUCAUGUUGGUCUUGCUUUAUCCGAGUUCUUUGACUCCUACCAUAAAGCUUCACCUGAUUUGCAACCUGCUUAUUUUUACUCAUGAAACUUUCGGGACUGGGAACUUUCUCCCUUGCUUUAACAUUGGAAAUUUUACUAGUUUAUAAGACUAGGAUUAUGGCUAUGCUCUUGCAAGACGAGCUCCUUCACCCAAAAUUUUACUAGUUUACUAGACGGUUUAAUUGAUUGCGCACAUUCCUUCUAUCCUUUCCCUCGAAGAGGUACGGACAUGGUCCUACGACGAACCCUUAUUUUAUGCAGGAAACUGGGCUGAUAACCAUGAUCAUGAGUCCAUGACCAGCCUCCAAGAUACAAACCUGACGGCAAUUUUAAACCUCAUACACAUGCUUAUGAAUGCUGGGAUUUGUUUUAGUUCCUUAAUAAUGGCAUUCUCUUAAAUUACCUCAUUUAGCAAAAUAGGGUUUCAUUAAAAACAUUCAUAGACACAAAUUAGGCCAUUCUAAAUGCGCAUCCAAAACCCAAAAUUUAUAAGUCAAAAAAAUUUGUAGUCACUACAUAACCAAAAGCUCAAUAUAAUAACAUACAUUAAAAGGGACUAGAAUUCAUCACCUUCACUUUAGAAAAAAUGUCUUAAAAGUUACAACCCUUGUACAAAGCAAGGGUCUGGAUUAGAGCUAUUAAUCAAACUGAGUCAUAACGAGUUGAGUCAGAAUUUUAAUGGGCUGGAUCGGGUCAAUCUAAAAUUUCAUAUGGGUUGGGUGGAUUAAAGUGUGUUUAGACUUGACCGGUCGUGAUCCAUCAACAAAUAUUCAUUCAAUGACUUUU